CAACAGUGAUUAGCUCCUACCCAUCGCACAAGGGCUGGGAGGGGAUUUGUGUCUCUCACCUGACUUCCUCCUCCACCGCGAGCCGGGGUGAGGGGGCAGAGACACGCGCGCACACAAACCACUCUCACCAACUCAGCCCCAAAAACAAGGGCAAGCAGAAGGGGGGAAAGAGCGAGCGCCAGACGCACACCCGGCUCCGGCGGCGGCGGCGGCGGCUCCCGGCUCCGCUCUACGCCGGCGCUCAGCCUCCCCCUCCCUAGCCCGGCUCUGCUGCCGCUUGCUGCUGCCGCCGCGCACCCGGGGAGGGCAGCAGCCGCGGCGGCGGCGGCGGCUCGGCUCCGGCACAGGCGCGAAGCAGCGUCCGCCAGGGGGAGAGAGGCGGCGAGACACGGCGCACGGGUGCAGCAGAGCCACCCCCGGCCGAGGCUCGCCCGCUGAAGCCUGCGCCCGGCGUCCUUCCCCGCCCAAGGGCUCCGCCACAGAGAGGCAGCCGGGCACACGCCGGCCCCCCGCGUUGGUACCUUGCUGCCAGCCCGGGCUCCUCCAGAGCAGCCUGCUCCCCCCCGCUGCCGACUCCGCGUCUCCUUCCUCUAGACGCCCGCUCCCGAUGGGUGAACAGACAACUUGAACUUCAGCGCGAUUAACUUCGCCGCCGCCUGGGAAGCUGAAGGUGUCGCCCGCUGCGCUCUCGACGCGUCGGAUGAUCCGGGGCCGCCGGGGAAGGGCUCCGGGCAGCAGCAGGGAGGCUGCGUCCCUCCUAGUCUCGGGCUGCAAAAAGCCGGCUGGCCUCGGUGGUUGUUGUUGUAUUAAAAUGAGGAGGAGGAAGAAGAAGCCGCCGCCGCGGCGGCAGCAGCAGAAAGCGCUGGAGGAGAGGAGGCUCUGAGCAGGGGACGGCGGCGGCAGCAGCAGGAGGAGGAGGAGGAGUGAUGAGUCAACUAAUAAUUUAAUGGGGACAGAAACACAGAGGGGGUUGGGGGGGGGAGCAAAGCGAAGCAGCUUCGUCCGGGGACAGACAGACACACACACACAUCCAUGUAACAUCCAGCCACAGCCACCAAACCGGCCUAAAUAAAUAGCCAGCCAGCCAGCCAGGGGGAAACAAGCAUCAAAGCCAGGAUUUUUUAUUUUUUUUAUUCUUUGCAACCUUUGUUUUUCCAGUUUUUCCUUUGCCAUUUGCAGUAACUCUCCGUGGAGUUGUCUGGGGUUUUUUUUAAUCACUCUUUUGUUCAUUUUUAUUUUGAAAUAAUCACACACACUCGUUGGUGGACUCGGUGGGAGUGAAAUCUCUCUACUUUUGGUGGUGGUAGUGUCUUGUUGUGUGUGCGUUUCCUUCCUCCUCCUCCUCCUCUUUCUCUCUCUCUCACAACAGCCCCGGGUAAAUGAGAAGAGACAGGUCCUCUCUUUAUUUUGUUGUGUGUUUUCUUUGAACGGACCGGGAAGGCGAAAUUAAAAGUGGCAUUUUAGUGCCUUUUCCUGCUGUUUUCUCUACACUCCCCCCUACCCCUACUACAAAUUCAUGCAGAAAGUUUGGGGGCUGUUAGUGGUUUUGGGGGGAGAGGAGCAGAUUGAUUUUUGUGUGCGCGCUGUUCUUCUGUAUGCUUGUUGGAGAAUAAUAGUGUAAGUGACAGCCUAGAAGUAGACUUUCUGCUCUUCACCCUGGAUAGAAAAGCUUCCUCUCUUUCCACCCCCCACUUGCUCUUGUCCGCAUUGAUAUUAUUUUUGAAAGAAUAGCUAGACUCAAGUCACCCCCUCCAUUUAAAUCUACUACUUUCGUUUUUCAGAUUUAUUUUUAGCAUUACACUUAUCUGUUCAAUUUUGAGAUUCACUUCCUUCUUCCAUUUCAAAACCUUGAAAACUGCUUUCCUAAAAGAUAUUUAAUAUUUUUAUCCAUUGCCGUUUUUGCUCAUGGCUACUCUGUUUCUCGCCAUUUAUUUUUGCCCCUCCCCUGCAUAGAGGAAAAUAACAAAACAAAACCAAAAAAAAGAAAAAUAAUAGAAUUUCAGGGGAAGUAGCCUUCAGGACUGCUGGCUUUUGGAGGGGGGGAGUGUAGGGUGGUUUUUGUUUUGUUUUUUUUGGGGGGGGGUUAGGUUUUUUGGGGUUUUUUUUUAAGGACUUAGACAACAUCAGUCUUGAACUUCUUCCUCUUCAAGAGCUCGGGCUGCAGAGGAAACCUCCUUUGUUUUUGUUAUUUAUAUGCUGUCAAGUUUUGAAGUGGUGAGUUUCGGGUCGGUUUUGCUAAUUUCACUCAGAAAACUGCAGUGUUUCUGUUUCUAGAUAGUACUUUGCUUCUUUGUCUCUUUAAAAGGUCACAGUGAAAGCUUGGCCUGGAUUGUGACAGCCAUAUGGAAUGGAUAAGAGCAGCGCCUGUUUCAAAUGUGAUUAUGGGGUUUUAUUGGGGAGCGGGAAGAGGAGGGAAGAUGAAAGGGGGAGGGGGCUAAUUCAUGAGGAGUUAAAGAAAUAAAAUAAUAGUGAUUCCCCUUAUUUCAGGAAUAGGGACUAUUACAAUGAAUUAAGAAAUUAGUUGGUAUGUCCAUGUGUUAUCUUUUUGAAACUGUACGUUGAAACUGCGACCUUAUAUAAUGUCUAGGAUGGAAACUUGUAGCUAGUGUAAAGGAGGUCUAAAUAUGAAACCCGAAUAAACUCUCUGCCUGCAUCUGUAGAGAUAAUAGUUACUCCAUAGUGCUGUCAUUCUGGGCAGGCCAUGCUGAUCCUUGCUCAUCGCUAUUCCAAGCUGAGGUUUCAGUGAACUUUAGCCUUGGGCAUGGAGUUGAAAUGAGUAAAUUAGGUGUUUUAUGUGCAUGUAAUUUUGCUUUGUAAUGUAAAGCUUUUUACAAGAUGACUAAGUGAUUAAAGGAUGCCUAUGGGUGGGUAUUCUAAGGCCAAAUUAGAAUGACCUAUUUGGUGUUUUGGUAGCAAUCAGUACACUAACUAAAUUAUGAUCUAUCAUUUUUAUUCAUUGAAUAUGAUGUACUAUUCUAUUCAUGAUGACUGGAUACUUUUUUGUAGCAAUAAUCUUGGAGUUGUAGUGUACUUUUUAAGUUGUGCCAGAAGUGACAGGGAUUUUCUUCUGUAAGGCUUUUUUUAAGUGAAUCCUCUUAUUCUCAAGAAUUUAGUUUCAGAAUAGCAGCUUUAUAAUAAAGCAGCAUUGUAAGGAAACAUUAGUAGAUGUCAAUGAUUUGAGUCUGCAGUUUUUGGUUAGACUGCAGUUAAUGUAAUGAUAAAGUAAUCUUGAUUUUAAAAAAAAAAGUGGUUAAAAUAGUCACAUUUAUUGUUUAAUGAGACUCAUAACAAAAAACAGAUGGGACCACGAUCAAUGGUAAACCAUCGGUUCUCAGCAUGUCACCCUACAGCUUAAGGAUAAAUAACCAUUAUUUUCUAAACUUUACAGUUAUUCAGUCGGCAUUCUUUAGGUUGCUAAUAAACAUCCAGAUUAACACAGAUUCUUUUUCUUGGCUAUGUAGGAUGAAGCAGCCUGUGUUCAAACAGGAUAAAUUGUUUACAGAAUUAUCUUUGGAAUAUAUGGUAUCUCCCAAGAAAUCCAGACCUAAAUAGCUUUGCAAUGAAAAAUGUACAAAAUGCGUUGAAUUACUAGGUAACUGAAAGAAAGUAGCAAUUAUCAGAUUCAUGCAAGUCUUUCUAAAUAUGACUCCCCUAGUGUUAGUGUUUGUACUCAGUAAUGUAAAUACUAGUUCAUAAAUGAAUGUCUAGUCACCUGUUCUUUGUGAUUAUAUUAUAUACAUAAUAUAAUUGACAGCGUGACCAUACCUUUCUCACUCAGAAAAAGGUGGCAGACCCUAAUAUAACUAGAAUAGUAAUCCAGAAUAAAACCACUACCAGAUAAGUAUCUAUUUUCAGUAACUGAUUGUUUUAUGGUUGAUAAAAUAGGUUUCUCUGUCUGUGUGUGUGUGUGUGUGUAUGUAUGUAUGUAUUUAACUAAAAUCACAAACUUACUCUGUGUUUUAGUCUAGGGAUUUUAAUGAUCCAGUCAUUUAGCUGGAAUGUGUUUGUUUUUAAAAAACAAGUUUUUAGAAAAGAAAUACAAACGUGCUAAAAUACCCAUUUUCUUAAUUUUGAUAUUGUUGAAAUUACUUCAAUUUUUUUACUUCAGAUACCUGUAUCAACACAAUUUUACACUGGCAGGGGUGUGUCUGUGUUGGAGGGUUUCUGAAGUUCCACAGGAAUUGUGGUUUUUGAACAUGAGACCCUUGUGAUAUUUAGAGAUGUUUCCACCUUCUUUUAGUUUGUUUUGACUUUUUAAAAGAUCCCAUAUUUGACCUAACAUUUAAAACUUCAUUACAUCUUAAAAUUUUCAUAUGCAUAUUUUAAGUUUUCAAAAGUUGAUAAUUCGUAAUAUAAAACAGCCUGGAAGAAUGCAAAAACAACAAACAAAACCUCACCUGAUCAGAAAUUACAAGGCAAUUGAGGUGGUUCAUAUUUCUAGGAAAAAGAUCUAAAUGCACAAUAUUUCGUGUUGCUAAUAAAUCUGUUGCAUGUUUACCUAAAGUUUCAUUGUUGUAGUUGCAUUUAUUAACUAGGAGAGAGAAAGCACUUUCAUGGUGGUGGUGUUUAAAUAAAAGCAUUCAUGAUUUACAACAAACACUUGUGAGGUUUGUAGCAUUGGAUAGAUUGGAGUAUGUAACUUAGUAAUCACCUUCACCUAUUUAAUUCUCAUUCUUAAGAAUUCAAGAUAGAAUAUGACUACCUAGGCUGCACAUCAUCGUUUGUGUUCUGUAGGUGGCAUUUUUUUCACCAAAUCAUUCAAUCUUUGGAGAAUGGGAACAUUUUCUGAGGAUAAAUGUAUUACUGUUUUUAAGCCAUCUUCUCUUAUUUUAAAAUAUUCAUUUACUUAUUAAUUGCGAGCUUACAAUACAUAUGUAUCCCUGUACAUGUGUUAACUGUCUACAUACACAUACGCACACUUGUACAACAUAUAUAUAUUUUUUAAAUCAUGGCAGGUGAUCUUUAGAGGCGGGACUGAGUAUGGAUCAUUUGAACGAGGCAACUCAGGGGAAAGAACAUUCAGAAAUGUCUAACAAUGUAAGCGAUCCGAAGGGUCCACCAGCCAAAAUUGCGCGCUUGGAACAGAAUGGGAGCCCAUUAGGAAGAGGAAGACUUGGAAGUACAGGAACUAAAAUGCAAGGAGUGCCUUUAAAACACUCUGGACACCUGAUGAAAACAAAUAUUAGAAAAGGAACUAUGCUUCCAGUUUUUUGUGUAGUGGAACAUUAUGAAAAUUCCAUUGAGUAUGACUGUAAGGAGGAGCAUGCAGAAUUUGUGUUGGUAAGGAAGGACAUGCUAUUCAACCAACUGAUUGAAAUGGCAUUGCUAUCACUUGGAUAUUCUCAUAGCUCUGCUGCCCAAGCGAAAGGGCUAAUCCAGGUUGGGAAGUGGAAUCCAGUUCCACUCUCCUAUGUGACAGAUGCCCCUGAUGCUACAGUAGCAGACAUGCUGCAAGAUGUGUAUCAUGUGGUCACACUGAAAAUCCAGUUACACAGUUGCCCUAAACUAGAAGACUUGCCUCCUGAACAGUGGUCUCACACAACAGUAAGAAAUGCUCUCAAGGACUUACUGAAGGAUAUGAACCAGAGUUCAUUGGCCAAGGAAUGUCCCCUUUCACAGAGUAUGAUUUCUUCCAUUGUGAACAGCACUUACUAUGCAAAUGUCUCAGCAGCAAAAUGUCAGGAAUUUGGAAGGUGGUAUAAACAUUUCAAGAAGGCAAAAGAUAUGAUGGUUGAAAUGGAUAGUCUUUCUGAACUAUCCCAACAAGGUGCCAACCAUGUCAACUUUGGUCAGCAACCAGUCCCAGGGAACACAGCUGAACAGCCUCCAUCCCCUGUUCAGCUUUCUCAUAGCAGUCAGCCAUCUGUUCGGACCCCACUCCCAAACCUGCACCCUGGACUUGUGUCAACUCCUAUUAGCCCUCAGUUGGUAAAUCAGCAGCUGGUAAUGGCCCAGUUGCUGAACCAGCAGUAUGCAGUGAACAGACUUCUAGCCCAGCAGUCCUUAAACCAACAGUACUUGAACCACCCUCCUCCCGUCAGUAGAUCCAUGAACAAGCCGUUGGAGCAGCAGGUGUCAACCAACACAGAGGUGUCUUCCGAAAUCUACCAGUGGGUGCGUGAUGAAUUGAAACGAGCAGGAAUUUCACAGGCAGUAUUUGCACGUGUGGCUUUUAACAGAACUCAGGGCUUGCUCUCAGAAAUCCUCCGAAAGGAAGAGGACCCCAAGACCGCCUCACAGUCUUUACUGGUAAACCUUCGGGCUAUGCAGAACUUCUUGCAGCUGCCAGAAGCCGAACGAGAUCGAAUUUACCAGGACGAAAGGGAAAGGAGCUUGAAUGCAGCCUCUGCUAUGGGCCCAGCACCUCUAAUAAGCACACCGCCUAGCCGUCCUCCACAGGUAAAAACAGCUACUGUUGCAACGGAGAGGAAUGGAAAACCAGAAAAUAAUACCAUGAACAUUAAUGCUUCCAUAUAUGAUGAGAUUCAGCAGGAAAUGAAGAGAGCUAAAGUGUCUCAAGCACUAUUUGCAAAGGUUGCAGCAACCAAAAGCCAGGGGUGGCUUUGUGAACUGUUACGUUGGAAGGAAGAUCCCUCACCAGAAAACAGGACCCUAUGGGAGAAUCUUUCAAUGAUCCGAAGGUUCCUCAGUCUUCCUCAGCCUGAACGAGAUGCCAUUUAUGAACAAGAAAGCAAUGCAGUUCAUCACCAUGGUGACAGACCUUCCCACAUUAUCCAUGUUCCAGCAGAGCAGAUUCAGCAACAGCAGCAGCAGCAACAGCAGCCAGGUCCCAGACUACCACCAAGGCAACCAACAGUGGCAUCACCAGCUGAAUCAGAGGAUGAAAAUCGUCAGAAACCCCGACCACGAACAAAGAUUUCUGUUGAAGCCCUGGGAAUCCUACAGAGUUUCAUACAAGACGUAGGCCUAUAUCCGGACGAAGAAGCAAUCCAGACUCUCUCGGCUCAGCUUGACCUACCCAAGUACACCAUUAUCAAGUUCUUUCAGAACCAGCGAUAUUAUCUCAAGCACCAUGGGAAGCUGAAGGACAAUUCCGGGCUGGAGGUGGAUGUUGCAGAAUACAAGGAGGAAGAGUUGCUUAAGGAUUUAGAAGAUAGCAUCCAAGACAAAAAUGCAAACACACUUUUUUCAGUGAAACUAGAAGAAGAAUUAUCAGUAGAAGGGAACACAGAGAUUAAUGCUGAAUUGAAAGACUGAUCUAAAAAGUAUUAUUUUCAUUCAACAGUGCCACUGGUAUUUAAUAAUGAAAUGAAAAUUCCAUCUUGCAUUGUGUCAGAAACCUCUCUUAUUCAUUGUUUGGUCAAUGAAUCUUCCAAAACUUGCACAAAAGUUGGGGGGGAAAAGAAAAGAAUAAUGCAGACUGCACUAGAUGUUUUACUCUGUUUUACAAACUGCUUUGCAGCUACAGAUGAAGCGUUGAGGAUUGUUUGAUAUUAAUUUGUGUUCACUGGCUACACUGUGGUGUACCCAAUAAGCAUGAUACCAGUGAUUUUGAUUCUGGAGCCUUCAGACAAGCAUUACAACCUUUGUGAUUUGUUUCUCUCUCUUUUUUUUUUUUUUUUUAAUUACUGUAACACUCCACACUUGGUCUUUGGAAACUCACGUUUAUUUAAAAAAAGAGAAGAGUUUGUUACUCUUGGUCUAUUGUAUGUUACAAAAGAACUAUAGACUGUGGAAUGCAGUUUAAAGAUAACAUAUGCCAACAAAUGCCUUGUAUUAUAUGGCACUGCCGUAAUUCAGAUUUGUUUUUGUUUUGGAAAUAAAGGUCACUGUAUUUUUUUUUCUAUUCUCAUUGUUAUAUGAUUUUAAAAAAAUGAAAAGAAAAUGUGAAACACAAUUUAGUCUUUAUUUAUUUGUAGAUCCUGCAGCGUCAUGUUGUAAUUAAUUUUUUGGGAAGUUUCCGUUAAAUGUAAUAUUGCUUCUCUUGUUAUCAUACUGAUUUUUUUUUCUAUUUAUAAAUGUAUUUUGAUGGGCAGUAAAACAAAGUGUCUUAAAAGUUUUAAAUAGAGAAAAUGUGCUUUACACAGUUGCCUAUAAAAAGUGCUCUAUGUUAUCCAAGCAAUUCAUACUAUAAGCUUCACUCUUAUUGUUGUAUGCAAUUUUUACUAUCAUGCAAAUAAGCUUAGGUAAAUAAAACUAAUAGAUCACCUUAGAAACUUAUGCAAUUAAUGUGAAAAUAAUUGAUGUUUGCAAUGUGUCUUCCUUUGGUUUACAAUCAAUUUUAAAGCUACAGCUGUAUAAAUUUUCUGUAUAAAGGUGUAUUUCUUUUUUAUGAGUUUAUUGCUAUGAAAACACCAGUUAUUUUGUUACAGCUGGCUGUUUUUAUAAGUGUAUCACAAUUUUCUUUAUGCAGAAAUGUUCUGACUAGGAGUGGUUAUUGACUGUAACUACACAAUUAAAAUUGUUUGUAUGGUAUGAUA